AUAGAAUUUUAAUUUUUCGACUAACUUGUCCAUUCUGAUUAUAGUUGAAGGUUGUAGUCAAAGUUUAAUAAUAAGUACGCGUGUAUAUAACCUGUAAUAAAGUAUUAACAUUCAGUUGUGAGAGAAAUUCAUACAAUUACAAAGAAAUUGUGCAACGUAUUAUAAAAAAUACGCGUUCUUACGUUAUAUAGUUGGAGAAACAAUGCCAAAAUAUUACUGUGAUUAUUGUGACACGUACCUAACGCAUGAUUCGCCGAGUGUACGGAAAACUCACUGUCAGGGCCGUAAACACAAGGAUAAUGUUAAAUAUUUCUAUCAGAAAUGGAUGGAGGAACAAGCACAACACCUAAUCGAUGCAACAACGGCGGCAUUCAAAGCUGGAAAAAUCGCAUCUAACCCUUUUGCAGCAAACAAAGGAGCAGCAAUUCCACCACCUCCAAAUCUUGGACCACGUCCUGGAGUACCACCUCAGGGUCCUCCAGGUAUGAUGCCACCUCCAGGGAUGCAUCCUGGUGGCCCUAUGGGUCCAGGAGGCCCGAUGAUGAUGGGGCCACAUGGGCCAAUGCCACCAAUGAUGGGCAUGAGGCCACCUAUGAUGGGACCUAUGGGGCCAAUGGGGCCAAUGAUGGGUCCUAUGGGACCUAUGGGUCCAAUGAGACCACCAAUGAACGGACCACCACCACCUAUGGGAGGUCCUCCACCGAUGAAGAAAUAAUGAAGAGAAUAUAUAUAAUUCAUACCAUUAUCUUAAUUAUAUUGACAUAAAUGACUCAUUAAUCAUAUGCAUAUCUUACCAGUAUAAUAUCAAUAUGUACAUAUGAACAUAAUGUACUAAAAUGUAAAUUUCAUUCUAUGAUACAAGAUAUUUUCAAGAUGUUGAAAUACAGAACAAAUCAUACAUUUUUUUCUUAAGAGUAAAAAUAAAUUGAAAAAAUUCAA